CCGGGGGGAGGGACCCGGAUGGCGGCGCCCUGAGGGGCACUUCCGGCCAUGGGGUGGUGGCGGCUGGCGCGGGCGGCGGCGGCGGCGGCCGGAGGUGCCGGCGGCGCCGCUCCCCGCGCAGGCCUCAGGAGCUGGGCGAUGCCCCCGGACUACAGCGGCAUCACGCUCCCCGAGAGGACGAAGCUGAAGUUCAUGGAGAAGGUGCCGGCCGUGCCCAAGGUGCGGCGGGAGCCGCGGCGGCUGCGUGACAUCCGCGGGCCAUCCCGGGAAGCCACCGAGCUGACGCAGGGGCAGUACGGGAUCCUGGCGCUGGGGGGCGGCUACCUGCACUGGGGGCACUUUGAGAUGAUCCGCCUGACCAUCGGGCGCAGCAUGGACCCCAAGACCAUGUUCGCCGUCUGGCGCGUGCCCGCCCCCUACAAGGCGGUGACGCGGAAGAGCCUGGGCCACCGCAUGGGGGGCGGCAAGGGCCCCAUCGACCACUAUGUGACGGCGGUGAAGAGCGGGCGCCUGGUGGUGGAGGUGGGCGGGCGCUGCGAGUUUGAGGAGGUGAAACCCUUCCUGACGCAGGUGGCCAGGAAGCUGCCCUUCCCCGCCGUCCCCGUCAGCCGCGCCAGCCUGCAGCAGAUGCGGCGGGAGGAGGAGGAGAAGAGGCUCAACAACCAGAACCCCUGGACCUUCGAGCGCAUCGUCGCCGCCAACAUGCUGGGCAUGCGCAAGUACCUCAGCCCCCGCGACCUGGAGCUGAAGGGACGCUACUGGGGCAAACACUUCCUGAAGCACAGGGUGUAGGCAGCAGGCAGGGAAUAAAGCCUGCUUCGAGAACGCG